AUGAAUGUGUCAUCCAUUUAUGCGAUCGCCGUUGGAGGUUGCUUUUUAGCUCUCUUCUUAAUCCAGACCCGAACCACUAUGAUUGGCUGGAUCGAGUCCUGCUCUGUUCUGAUCUCUCGGCACCUCACACUUCCUGCUCUCAUCCACAGGCAUCGUAUUUGGGGCCCCUGGUCCCGGAUGAAUGUUUUCAUAUACUCUGCCUACACUCUGGUCAAUAUCACUCUGGUUUUCUUCCAUACACACUCCGUCGCCCAAGCUGGCCGCCGAGCUGGAGAGCUGGCUCUUAUCAACCUUAUUUUUCCCCUCUCGGCCACUCACCUCGGUUACCUUGCUGACCUUCUGGGUAUCACCUGGCGUACUUGCUGCAAGAUUCAUCAGGUAACAGGUUGGAUGUCUGUCGCUCUGCUGUGUUUUCACGUGGUUGCAGAAUGCCAGAGCCGGGGAUUCAGUUUUCCUCUUGGGGCAUUACGUAACAUAUCUACCCUAAUUGGAUCAAUCUCUUUAGCCGCUCUUGCCCUCCUUUCUCUCCCCUGGCUUCGCCGACGGUGUUAUGAAGUAUUUCUCCGAAGCCACCAAGCCCUGACAGCUCUCUUUGUGUAUGGCACGUGGCAACAUCUCCCAGAUCAGAGUCGCUUGCCAAGAUUGUACCUUUACGUGCCGCUGGUAAUUCUGGCCCUGACUACUCUGCUGGAGAUUCUCAACUUCUGUUACACGAACGGGCUAUUUUUGGGCCACGGCGCUCCCCGGGGCUUUGUAUCUUUCACUCCAGAAGGAUCUCUUACACAUCCUAAGCUCAGAAAAGCGGCCCAGAUUCGUAUCGUUCUGCCCCGAUCUAUCAAGAUCGAUGCGGGCCAGUAUAUCAACCUGUGGAUGCCGUCAGUUGGAUUUUGGUCGUGGCUUCAAACGCACCCUUUCAUAGUCACAUCGUGGUCGCGCGGAAGACAUGACACGAUUGAGUUGUUUGUGCAGCCACGCAGUGGCAUGACAUCAGACCUGCUCAGUCUUGCCGCUAGCGCUCCUGGCUGUCCUGUACCAUUCCUGGCCAUGUUCACAGGACCACACGGUACCAGUGAGAUUGUUGACGGGUAUGAAACUGUGCUACUGGUUGCGAGUGGUUUCGGGAUCGCCGCAACAAUUCCGUAUCUGAAGAAGAUGAUACAUGGUUAUAAUACCUGUACACUUCAUGUCCGUCGGGUGCAUUUGGUAUGGCAGAUAGAAUCAAUUGAAAUGGUCAGCGCAGCUGAGGACCUGCUCAACCCCCUCCUGGAGGACGAUAUUAUAGAUAAAGGCUAUAUUCUCAGCAUUUCAAUCUACGUCGAAAGAGGGCUUGCUCAUGAUAAGACGCCAAUAGGAAAACAUGAAAGAGCCUGCUUUUACCAAGGUGUACCCGAUUAUGACAACAUAGUCUCGCUCGAGGCAUCGGGGGACCAAAUCGAGAGGCUACCGAACAUUCGCGAUGAGCAAGGCCGGACCUUGGUGAUGGUUUCAGCGGCAGGCAGGUAUAGAGACCAGAUCCGAAAAACCGUCAAGGGCUUUUUGCAUCAUGGUGUGAGGCUUUCGGAGCUGGAAUACCAGCCGGAGUAA